GGAUGAUCUAAAAAGAUCCGUAUUUUGCUUCCUCCCACACCUUGACGGUCCUUCUACUUGCGUCACUGAUCCAUACUUGACAACUGAGGUUCAUUGUGUGACAACAAGAAAGACAUUGCUUAUUUUUACUGCGUCGUGCAAGCGCAUGUCCUCCAAGUCCAUGUCGGCUUUUGUUUCCGCUACAGGGGAAGAACUGCGGCAAAAGUUCACGCCAAAUAACGCUCCGACAAAAUAAUGAUUGAGUACGUCUCUCCAUACGAGACGCCUUUCGGAAAAUGGCUUUUCUAUCUGACAUGGAUGUUUUUGCCUUUGCUGCCAUGGUUGCUGAUGAGCAUUAUUUGGCAAUUAUGACAAGAAAAAGUGUACGCAUACUCAAGCAAAAACGAUCAUGAUGUUUUUUGACUUAGAAAGUUCCACCUAUUUUCUGGAGGAUGAGUACUUACACCUACACUUUUGACUUUUUCCCUUCAUAGCAAUACCCGAUUCCGCCAUUGGAGUUUUUUAGCCGCUUGGUUUCUGGUAGUCACGAUCCCCCAGCGGAUCCAACAUGGGGAUUCGUUUUGGAAAGAGCAACAUUACAAGGAUUGGCUUUGACAUCUGGUGCCAUUCUGCUUCUUGUGUGGUUUCUAGUCGAGCUGAUGUACAUACCCCUGAGGUAUAUUUGUGUUAAGGCUUCUUGUUGUAGUUGUUGUUGUUCCCCAACAAGACAUUGAUUCAGAUUCGAAUAGCACGAACUCAUCUUGUCAUAAGAAGCAAGAAAGCAAUUGGUUGUUCAGAUUCGAACUCAAUGCAGUCAAGUCAUCUUGAUGUUAUAUUAUAACUAGAAGCAAGAACAAAGCAUCAACAGCAUCUGCUUACCUUUGAUCUCGUGUUUUCAUCAAGGGGAAAUAAGACAAAGACAUGGUCAGCAUCAAAUAUCGUGAUCGUGAGACUCUUCAAUUAUAAAAUGAACGAUUAUAUGACGGGCACCAUCAUGAUCAUCAGGGAAAAUCUUAGGCAAUCUGCCGAAUAGAUUCUGGCACCAAAGUCCUCUAAUUCUCGCGUAGAAUGUUGUGGUGCUGAAGUUGGAGAUCCUGGGUGCUGCGAGGAACGGGAUAAAGCGCAACUCGAGGGUUUCUGCUUUGGCUGUCUAUUCAAAACAUGCAAAAAAAAGAAGAUUAUGGGAACAGAAUGUCAUAGACAUAGCAUUAACUUAUACUUUCAAAGAAGAUUAUGGGAACAGAAUGUCAUAGACAUAGCAUUAACUUAUACUUUUGAUCCUUUACGUUGUCGUGCUUUUUCCUGAUUCUUUCCUAGUUAAAAACUGGCUCCACCCACUUAUUAACUUUCAUUACAAAGGGAAUUUUAGUUCUUUUUCUAGUUUCUCUGGCUUCACCACUAGAAGUACUCACAUUGAUUACAAAGGAGGUAUAAUUUUGGACAACUGUUUUCUUGUUCUCACGAUGGAUCUGCGUUAGAAUAUCACUAUCUUCUCUAGAGGUGUUUAGCAGUACAUAUCUUCGUUUCAUCGUUCAUACACGCUCGACCCUCCGUGGAACAGAGAAAGGCGAGCAUCAGAGGACAGCUGAGGGACCUUACGGACACUGA